AUUCACCAAUGAGCACCCACGCGCGCUCUGGAUAAAAAUCAUUUAAUAAUGAACACCUUCACAAUUGUAUCCUGUGGGAAGACAAGUGCACGGUCCUGACUGAAACAUGCAGUUUGGACGGUUUCAAUUCGAUUACACGCGCGCGCGCGGAGAUCGCGUUCAUCCUAUCGGAUUUUAGCUGCUGGUGCUGCUGUGUGUGUGCGUGUACGUUAACUCGUCUGGCCAGUAUCGAUCGCCUGAUCUGUGUUUCUCCCUCUCCUGUGUUGGAAAUCAUCGAUUUUUUUCCUUUCUUCCUUUUACCACUGAGUCGGACUGCAACUGGAGCUGGUGCCAAUAAAAAGUGGGAUCCUGUCUGGAAAAUGCACUGAAAUACUGUACAGUCACACUGCUGUGUUGCUUGAACGUGAUUUCGACGAGAGAACCCCAUUUCUUCUGGAUUCUGGGAUUCUGAUGAGGUUCCACAGGUUUUAUCAGAUAUUUGCUGUGAAAGGUUGUUGGUGGAAGGACUCGUGUUCUCGCAGGUUUUAAACGUUUUUCCUUCGUUGUGGAGACCAUUGGGGCUGGUAAAAUGAUUCGCAGCCGAGGACGCGGCAGUAACAUCAAGAAGAACUGGAAUAAACGGGCCAAUGCCAUCUUCCUGGCGAUUAAAUUAUUACUAAUCUGGAUGGUUAUUGUUGCCCUGGAUUUUGCUGCUGGAUUUCGUUUGGAGUACUUUUGGCCGGUCUGGCUAAUGCUGCAGAGUGUGGCUGACGCGUAUAAAUAUCAGGGAAUCGGUUUCACUGUAUUUUUCAUCAGUAUGGUUAUAACAUCUGAUAUCCUCGUGUACAUGUUUGUACCCACGGCGUGUAUGUUUUUCCUGGCCAGUUUAUACGUGUGGAUACAGUUAAUGAUGCUUUCUGGAAUAGAAAGGGGCAUUUGUGUUCAGACGAUAGUCAUAUGGAUGGUCUUCCUCUAUAUCGAAGCCACCAUGCGACUACGCGAACUCAAAUCCGAUCCCAGUAUACCAUUUCAUUGGGAUAUAUGUAGACCGUUUGCAGCGCAUUGUGUGGGCUAUCCGCUAGUCACGUUCAGUUUCAGCGUGAAGUCAUUCAUUGGCUUCAAAUAUCGGAAGCAUAAGCAACUGCAGAUUGCUACCGAGAAUAAACUCUUCAGGGAUCUCAUUAACGAAGCAUUACCGGAGGAGAGUCGGCGACCUCUUCCGGAAGCGCUUUCGCCGCUCGAAUCGAAAGGUCCGGGCGGAAGUAAAAACGUUGAUAGCGCACAAGCGAACGGGUUUAUUCCGGUUGAAAACGGGGGCACAUCAUCGCUGCUAUCCGCCGUUGUAUCGUCGGUUACUAGCAGCAGUAGUAAUCCUCAUUCCGAAUCUCGUAGUCAGAAGCGGAAGAAUAACAACAACAACAGCAACGGCCGAUUAUUUGGUGAUGUGUUGGUUAGUAUUGCUCAGAAGGCGCUGGAUGUUGAUAAUAUGUCAUCGGCAUCCUCCUCCACCUCCUCAUCGGCCGAUGCUGAUCUGGCCAAUGAGCCAGGGGAUCUCUUUGCCCGGCUGGGAGGAUCACCCGGUAAUAAUAAGAAGCAGUCGUCCGUUAUGGAGCUGGAUAAUUGCGAUGGCGACAGUGUGGAGUCGGAGAAGGCCUUCAAGCUGUCCAAUCCGCAUCGUCAUGCCAAACAUCUGCGCUCCACUUCUCCGUCACUCAUGAAAGUGACGAGUUUGCAAAACUUUGAGAAGGAGAGCGUGUCCGGAAGUAGUAGUACGGGAAGGAAACAGAAGGUGUCAGUUAGUACGAGGGAUACCACCGUGGAAUUGUCUGCGAAAUCAGACGAUGUCUAUCUAUCGAAACUGGAAAACGAUGUCAAACGGCUAAGGUCUGAUCUCCAAAUCAGCCGACAACUAGAGCAAGAGCUACGGAGUCAGAUUUCCACGCUGCAGAGUGGUGAUAAAUCUGCUCGGACAGACUUAACAAAAGUCCAACAGGAAAACGAAUCUCUACAGCAACGGUUAAGUAAUCUGAUAGCAGCACGUCAGCAAGACAAACAAAACGCUGCAUUGUUCGAGAAGAAGCUCGGCGACGAGCGGAAAUCACGGCUGCAGUUGGAAACCCAGUUGAAUCAGGAGAGGAAGCAACGGAAGGCAAUUGAGGAUGCCGGCAACGAGUGCUCCGAAUCUUGCAAAAAUCAACGUAAAGAAAUCGAGGCAGAAUUGCGUCAGUUGCGCCGAGAUCUUACGACAAAGGAUGAAAAACUGCGCAGCCUGAACGACGAAGUUGCGGCGUUAAAGCAGAACAAAGAAAGUUACAAGGAUUCGGAUGUUCAACUGACGACAGCAUUGUCACAACUCCAGGAUAGGAAUGCGCAUCUGGAGAACAGUCUGGGCGCAGAAACUAAACUGAAACUGGAUCUCUUCUCGGCGCUUGGUGAAGCCAAACGUCAAGUGGAAAUUUCACAAAAUGUAAUGUGUCAGAAAGACAAAGAAAUCGCUGACCUGAAGCAGAAAAUCGCACGCAUUGCGGAGGCUAUGACACUGCUGCCACCGACCGCGGGCAAUCAGACGACCAUCUCGGCGUUUGUGGCGGAGGCGUUAAAGCACCAGACGCCUACCCACAGCCGUCUCCAGGAUAAGCCCCAUGUGGGGUUUAACUAAAGGGCAUAUCGGAGGCAUUUUACAGUACUAAAUGUCCAUACACACACCCGUUUUAUCCGAGCACCCGUUCCUGUAUUUGUUAUCCCCCUUCCUGUGUCAGCCUGCCCGUGCGCAUUUGUCCAUACAUCCAUUUUGCUCUGCGUCGCGAUAAUUUUUAGCCACCAAUGUGUUUUUUCCUUCUUCACCUAUGGUCACAUCUUUCUCGCAUUAUCUCUCCUUUCUGUCCUCCUUCCUCUCUUCAUCAGCUGGGUGGGUUUUGCAGAUUGAUCCGUGUGUUUUUAGCCGGGAUUGACUCCGAGACACGCACGCCACACCGGACUGCUUCUACAGAAUCAGCAAGAAAAUGUUCAUCAUGUCACUCGUGUGUGAUCUGGAUAUGUUUUUUUUUAUUUGGACUUAGUCCGUCGUAUAGGAAAAUAGAAUGUUGUUUGUUUCUUCUUGCGGGAAGAAAUGGGGUUUUCUAUAAAGGGAAUUUCUCCCUGUGUAUUAAUGUUUCACAGCUGUACCUCCUGGUUGAAACUCUCUCAGUGUGAUGGAAAUUAUUCUUCUGUUUUUGCAUGAAUUCAGUCUUUGAUGACUGGAUACUGUUGCUGCUGCUUAAUCCGGAAGAGGAACGGAUGUUACAUGAUUGGUUGUGUGAAGUCAUCGCUCCUAAUAUUUUUUAACUUCAUUUAUCAGUUUUUUCGUAGUUACUCCGACUCGUACGUAUUGGAAAUUUGAAACAAACGAGCAACUA